GGGAGCGUGGGUGGGCACCAGCUACGAGUGGGCUCGGGGGUUCCUGUCUCGUGUGUAAGAUUCCGCGACAGUGAUGGAACUGGCGACCGGGGUAAACCCAUAUGACCAUCUGCUGAAGGAGCUGACAGUGGAUGAAUCCACAUACCAUUACUAUGACAUCAUUGCCCUGAAGGAUCCAAGAUACAAUGCGCUGCCGUUCUCGAUACGCGUGCUGCUGGAGGCGGCCGUGCGCAGCUGUGACGAGUUUCAAGUGCGCUGCGCGGACGUCAACCACAUCUUGGACUGGCGCGUGCACACCGCACCCGCCGCCGCCACCGUGGAGGUGCCGUUCAAGCCGGCCCGCGUCAUCCUGCAGGACUUCACUGGCGUGCCGGCCGUGGUGGACUUUGCCGCAAUGCGGGAGGCGGUGCGGGACCUGGGCGGUGACCCGGACAAGAUCAACCCCGUCUGCCCCUCCGACCUGGUCAUCGACCACUCGGUCCAGGUCGACUUCACACGCACGUCUGACGCUCUGAAGAAAAAUCAGGCUCUGGAGUUCGAGAGAAACAAGGAACGCUUCCAGUUUUUGAAGUGGGGCUCGCAAGCCUUCCGCAACAUGCUGAUCGUGCCGCCGGGCUCGGGGAUCGUGCACCAAGUCAACCUGGAGUAUCUGGCGCGCGUCGUGUUCGACACGGACGGCCUGCUGCGGCCCGACUCGCUGGUCGGCACCGACUCGCACACCACCAUGAUCAACGGGCUGGGCGUGCUGGGCUGGGGCGUGGGCGGCAUCGAGGCCGAGGCCGUCAUGCUGGGCCAGGCCAUCAGCAUGGUGCUGCCGCAAGUGGUCGGCUACCGGAUCAGCGGCCGCGUCAGCCCGCUGGCCACCUCCACCGACAUCGUGCUGACCAUCACCAAGCACCUGCGCCAGGUGGGCGUGGUCGGCAAGUUCGUCGAGUUUUUCGGGCCCGGCGUCAGCCAGCUGUCGAUCGCCGACCGGGCCACCAUUAGCAACAUGUGCCCCGAGUACGGCGCCACCGUCGGCUUCUUCCCCGUCGACGCCAAAAGCAUCGACUACCUGCGCCAGACGGGUCGUGAGGCGCACCGGAUCGAGACGACCGAGGCGUAUCUGCGAGCGGUUGGCCUGUUCCGGGACUACGCGGACUCGGGCCAGGAUCCGGCCUUCUCGCAGGUGCUGGAGCUCGAUCUGGCUUCCGUCGUGCCCUCGCUCAGCGGACCCAAGCGGCCGCACGACCGCGUUGACGCCGCGCGCAUGCGCGAAGACUUCCUGCAGUGUCUCUCCAACAAGGUGGGCUUCAAGGGAUACGGCAUCCCUAGCGACCGACUGGCCGACCAGCGCGAGUUCCAGUUUGACGGUCAGACGUACAGCCUCGGACACGGGUCCGUGGUUAUCGCAGCCAUCACCUCCUGUACUAACACCAGCAAUCCGUCCGUCAUGCUCGGCGCCGGCAUCCUGGCAAAGAAGGCGGUGGAGCGCGGCCUGACGGUGCCGCCCUGGAUCAAGACCUCGCUCUCGCCCGGCUCCGGGGUCGUGUCGCACUACCUGGAGGACAGCGGCGUGCUGCCCUUCCUGCAGCAGCUGGGCUUCGACGUGGUCGGCUAUGGCUGCAUGACAUGCAUCGGCAACAGUGGCCCGCUGCCCGAGCCGGUGGCAGAGGCCAUCGAGAAGGGAGACCUGGUGUGCUGCGGAGUGCUGUCGGGAAACCGGAACUUCGAGGGCCGAAUCCACCCGCAGUCGCGCGCCAACUACCUGGCCUCGCCGCCGCUCGUCAUCGCCUACGCGCUGGCCGGCCGCGUGGACAUCGACUUCGAGACCACGCCCAUUGGUAGCUCUGAGAGCGGCGACGUGUACCUGCGCGACAUCUGGCCCUCGCGCCAGGAGAUCCAGCAGCUGGAGGCCCAGUGCGUCAUCCCGGCCAUGUUCACGCAAGUCUACUCCAAGAUCACCGAAGGGAAUGACAACUGGAACGCUUUGGAGACGCCAGAGAGCAAACUGUAUCCGUGGGACGGCAACUCCACCUACAUCAAGCUGCCGCCCUUCUUCCAGAACAUGACCAAGGAGCUGCCGGCGCCCGUGAAGAUCGAGGAGGCGCACGCCCUCCUGUUUCUCGGAGACUCCGUCACUACGGACCACAUCUCACCGGCCGGCAGCAUCGCCCGAAACAGCGCGGCCGCUCGCUACCUGGCGGCGCGUGGCCUGACUCCGCGCGAGUUCAACUCGUACGGCUCGCGGCGCGGCAACGACGCCGUGAUGGCGCGCGGCACGUUCGCCAACAUCCGGCUGGUGAACCGGCUCAUGGAGAAGCCGGGUCCGCGCACGCUGCACCUGCCCUCGGGCGAGGCCAUGGACGUGUUCGACGCCGCCGAGCGGUACCGCGCCGAAGGCCGGCCGCUCAUCAUCCUGGCCGGCAAGGACUACGGUUCCGGCUCGUCCCGCGACUGGGCCGCCAAAGGGCCGUUCCUCAUGGGCGUACGGGCUGUCAUCGCCGAGACGUACGAACGCAUCCACCGCAGCAACCUGGUGGGCAUGGGUAUCGUGCCGCUGCAAUUCCGGUCCGGUCAGACGGCCGACUCGCUCGGCCUCAGCGGCCGCGAGACCAUCACAGUCCGGCUGCCGCCGGCCGACCAGCUGGCGCCCGGCAUGGACAUCCCUGUCGAGACCGGCGACGGCAAGACGUUCCAUGUGGUGCUGCGGUUCGACACGGAGGUGGAGCUAACGUAUCACCGCCACGGCGGCAUUCUCAACUACAUGGUGCGCCGAAUGCUGUAGCGGCCCUGGCCGGCCACUGGCAGUUCAAGCCCGGCCAUUGAGCAUCCGCUGCGCUCAGCCGUGAGGGACCACGGCCGGCAAUGUAGAGACAGGGGCCUUGCACCGCCCCAGCCACCUCUGGUACGGUGGUCAGCGGUGACGACGCGGGCGUCCAUUUCGGUCCGCUGGUCAUCUGACUCGAGGGUGUAGGAUUCUGAUUAGCGUGCGUGGGCGAGGGUCGGGUUGCGGAGUGCGAGAUGGCGCGAAGAGGGGUACGGUGAAUGGUCAAUGCGAAACCUUCCUUUUGAUUCGAGUGUUUGCCAGCAAGAUGGCGUGUGCUUUCGUACCAGAAAUGCAUUCCGCCGUGAGAAGUUGUGGUGAUGCUGUCGAGCUAGUUAGUUCUGUUGACCGCGUAUUCUCGUGAUUCUCGGUGCGUGCCUCCCGUGAUACGAAAAUGCUUCGUACUAUUUUAUAUUGGAUAAGCGACCGGUGCAUCUCAAUCGGUCUGCCGGAGCAUCUAUGGUUGAACGCAAUACAUGGUGAUUGCAGA